AUGUCUCACCUCACCUCCGAGCUACCACGGAACCCGCCAGCCAUCAUGUCCAGCAUAUUACAGAACAUCGGCAACACCCCUCUGGUCCGACUGCAUACAAUUCCCAAGUCCGCCGGCAUAGAUUGCAACAUCUACGCCAAGUGCGAGUUCUUCAAUGCUGGUGGCAGUGUCAAGGAUCGGAUCGCCCUCCGCAUGGUCGAGGCGGCGGAGAAGGAAGGACGAAUUAGGCCUGGUCAUAGUGUCCUGAUAGAGCCCACAUCCGGCAACACUGGUAUCGGCCUGGCGCUCGUGGGUGCUGUUAAAGGCUACCGCACCAUCAUCACAUUACCCGAAAAGAUGAGCAGUGAGAAGGUUUCUGUCCUCAAAGCAUUGGGAGCUGAGAUCAUCCGUACGCCGACAAGUGCAGCAUGGGAUAGUCCGGAGAGCCACAUUGGAGUAGCAAGAAGACUAGAGAAGGAGAUCCCAGGCGGCGUGAUCCUGGACCAAUACAACAACCCCAACAACCCGCUUGCGCACGAACUCGGUACCGCAAAGGAGAUUGUAGAGCAGACAGAGCAUAUCGAAGGCCAACUAGCAGCUGUGAUCGCGGGAGCAGGUACAGGCGGCACUAUCACGGGUCUCUCACGAGGUAUCCGAAAAGCACAUGGAGACAAGGUCAAGAUCAUCGCAGCAGACCCACAGGGCUCGAUUCUUGCUCUACCUGCGACCUUGAACGACGACUACAAAGACAAGCCGUAUAAGGUCGAAGGUAUCGGCUAUGAUUUCAUCCCAGAUGUUCUGUCACAGAAGGAAGUGGACACAUGGUACAAAACAGACGACCGCGACUCCUUCUACUGGGCGCGGCGAUUAAUACGAGAGGAGGGGCUACUGGUAGGCGGUAGUUCAGGCUCAGCAAUGGCAGCCUGCAUGAAAGCGGUCAAAGACAUGAAUCUCAGCAGAGACGACAGCGUAGUCGUUAUCCUCCCAGAUAGCAUCCGCAGCUACCUCAGCAAAUUCGUCGACGAUGACUGGUUAGCCGCAAACGACCUCCUACCACCCAGUCCACCAUUAACAGCCCCCAGUUCGCCGAAGAUGGAGAACAACGAUCGAGUCGGCCAGGAGAAAAUCGUGAUACCAGAUCGUACAAAAGAUAAUAAUGAAAACGCACCACCACCUCACUCCCCGACCACCCCACGCAAAAGUACCAAAGACGAAUACGGCACCCACACCAUCGCCGACCUCCGCCUCAAACCCAUCCAAACCGUCACCUCCUCCCAAACCGUCGACGACGCCGUCGAACUCAUGCGCGACAAAGGCUACGACCAAAUCCCUGUCACUUCGGCCAAAACCCGUCGGCUUGUCGGUCUAGUCACACUCGGGAAUUGCCUUUCGUACCUUUCCUCCGGUCGGGUGAGUAUUACGUCCCCUGUAUCAGACGUGAUGUUCGAUUUUGGACAAAUGGAUGAGGUGAGGCCGCUGGAGAAGUUUGUCGGGUUGACGGAGGGGGAGGAGAGUAAGCGGUCUUUUGUGGAGAUUUCCCGUCAGACGAGUUUGGGGGCGUUGGAGAGGUUUUUUGUUUGGAAUGCCGCUGCUAUUGUUACGGAGAGGGAGGGUGAGGGCGGGGUUUUGAAGCCGUUGGCUGUGGUUACCAAGGUCGAUUUGCUGGUUUGGCUUGUUAGGAGGGGGAGGCAGAAUGGGGGUGUGGGUGGGCUGUAG